AGAUUGGCCAAGGUGUUAGUUCAAUCUCUCAUCCAUUUAGAAUAAUCCCACUUAAGGGAGCUCAUCUAUUGGAAGCAUUAGUAAAAGGGAGGAAGUGGGUGUGGUCUUUAGAGACUCUAAGUACAUCCCUGGGGCCCACCAGGUUCAUUCUUCUCCAGACCAGAAGUGGAGUGUUUCUAACCUUUUGCUCCAGACACUGCUAGAUCUAUCACCUCACUCUCUGAGGAUCUGAUCUCAGAGCUGAGCUAGUAUCGCAUUGCUACCAAGCAUUGCUAAGCAGGGACCGGAAUAAUUGCUUGGAAAAAUGGAAUCAGACAAUUUACAAGACCCUCAGGAGGAAACACUCACCUGCUCCAUCUGCCAGGGUAUCUUUAUGAAUCCAGUUUAUUUAAAGUGUGGCCAUAAGUUCUGCGAGGCAUGUCUCUUACUUUUUCAAGAAGACAUCAAAUUUCCUGCCUACUGCCCCAUGUGUAUGCAACCAUUUAACCAGGAAUAUAUAAAUGACAUUUCUCUGAAGAAGCAGGUGUCCAUUGUCAGAAAGAAAAGGCUCAUGGAAUAUUUGAAUUCUGAGGAGCACAAGUGUGUGACCCACAAGGCGAAAAAGAUGAUCUUCUGUGAUAAGAGCAAGAUCCUCCUCUGUCACCUGUGUUCUGACUCCCAGGAGCACAGCGGUCACACACACUGUUCCAUUGAUGUAGCUGUUCAGGAGAAAAUGGAGGAACUUCUAAAGCACAUGGACUCAUUAUGGCGGAGGCUCAAAAUCCAGCAGAAUUAUGUAGAAAAAGAGAGGAGAACGACCUUGUGGUGGUUGAAGUCCAUGAAGCUACGGGAGGAAGUGAUCAAGAGAGUGUAUGGAAAACAAUGUCCACCCCUCAGUGAAGAAAGGGAUCAACACAUAGAGUGUUUGAGACAUCAAAGCAACACUACUUUAGAGGAGCUCAGGAAAAGUGAAGCUACGAUAGUCCACGAGAGAAAUCAACUAACAGAGGUGUAUCGGGAGCUGAUGACAAUGUCCCAGAGGCCAUACCAGGAGCUGCUGGUGCAGGACUUGGAUGACUUGUUCAGAAGGAGUAAGCUAGCGGCAAAGCUGGACAUGCCACAGGGUAUGAUACCAAGACUCCGUGCCCAUUCCAUUCCUGGGCUGACUGCAAGGCUCAACUCCUUCCGAGUGAAGAUUUCCUUUAAACAUUCAAUCAUGUUCGGCUACACCUCACUCAGACCUUUUGAUAUCAGACUUCUCCAUGAAAGCACAUCUCUGGAUUCAGCUGAAACCCAUCGUGUUUCCUGGGGAAAAAAGAGCUUCUCCAGGGGAAAAUACUACUGGGAGGUGGAUUUGAAGGACUAUAGGCGGUGGACUGUAGGAGUCUGUAAGGAUCCCUGGUUAAGGGGGAGAAGCUAUGUGGCGACACCCACAGAUCUAUUUCUUGAGUGUUUGAGAAAGGACGAUCAUUACAUUCUCAUCACCCGCAUAGGAGGUGAACACUAUAUAGAGAAGCCAGUUGGCCAAGUUGGCGUGUUCCUUGAUUGUGAGGGUGGAUAUGUAAGUUUCGUGGAUGUAGCCAAGAGUUCCCUCAUACUCAGCUACUCUCCUGGAACUUUCCAUUGUGCUGUCAGGCCUUUCUUCUCUGCUGUCUACACAUAAUCAUAGGAAUCCAGUAUGCUAGUGCUUUUCUAGUACUUCUAUGAUAAUGUGUCCCCUCUUUAUUGUGAUGGUUUGUGUAUGCUUGGCCAGGGGAGUGGCACUAUUAGAAUGUGUGGCCCGGUUGGAGUUGGUGAGUCACUGUGGGUGUGAGCUUUAAGACUCUCAUCUUAGCUGUGUGGAAGUCAGUCUUCCACUAGCAGCGUUCAGAUGAAGAUGUAGAACUCUCAUCUGGGUCUUUACCAUGCCUACCUAGAUAUUGCCAUGAUCCCACUUUGAUAAUGGAUUGAACCUCUAAACCUGAAGGCCAGCUCUAAUUAAAUGUUGUCCUUUAUAAGACUUGCCUUGGUCAUGGUGUCUGUUAAUAGCAGUAAAACCCUAACUAAGACAUGUUAAAAUGAUAUUAAGGGAUGGAGAGAUGGCUCAGAGGUUAAGAGCACUGACUCUUGGUUAAGGGACUGUUCUUCUGAAGGUCCUGUGUUCAAAUCCCCACAACCACAUGGUGGCUCACACCCAUCUGUAAUGAGAUCUGAUGUCCUCUUCUGGUGUGUCUGAAGACAGCUACAGUGUACUUACAUAUAAUAAAUAAAUAAAUUUAAAAAAUAUAAAAUGAUAUUAAAUGU